AUGGCCGCUACAUCUGGGACGGGAUCACCCCUGGCCCCAGAGACGCCCUCCGCUAAUGACGAUAUCACGGUGGGCCAGCGGAUGAUCUCUGCGACGGCGGGUAACAUUUUGACCGGGUUACUAGUAACACCUCUCGAUGUCGUCCGAGUCCGUCUACAAUCACAAUCCCAAAUUCACAACACUUCUCCAUACACUUCCCACACCACGCAAACCUUGAAAAACCUUCCCCCAAACCUCGGCAUUACCUCUUGCUGCCGCGAAGUAUUCUGGAUUGGAAACGAUGCCCAGAUGUGCAUGCUCGGACCCCAUGCGACUGCAGUAGGCAGUACACCGCACCCAGCGAUCGAUUGUGCGAUCGAGGAAACGCAGCGACGAACAUUCACCUCGACUCUGGACGGACUACGGAAGAUCGCACGCAACGAAGGCACAUUAACACUAUGGCGCGGACUCAGCCCAACUUUGAUGAUGGGAAUUCCAGCCAAUGUCAUCUAUUUUGCUGGAUACGACUGGCUGCGCACGGAUGAUCGCAGUCCCAUCAAGCAGCGACUCGGGGAAAGCGGCGCGCCAUUAGUGGCAGGCUCUAUCGCUCGAGUCGCGGCAGCGGCAGCAACCAGCCCAUUGGAAAUGUUCCGCACGAGACUGCAAGCGACCCCGGGGACGGGUGCGAACCACUUCAAGACCACCAUUCAGGAUCUGUACCACAUGACGCAAGCCAAGGGAUACAGCUCCCUCUGGCGCGGAUUCACGCUUACAAUGUGGCGCGACGUACCCUUCUCGGGCUUGUAUUGGUGGGGAUACGAGGAGGUGAAAAAGACUCUGAUCACGGCACGCUACCCACACCUCGCGGAGUCCGAUGACAGACCACAGGAGCCCACAACCCAAGCCUUCCUCGAUAGCUUCAUCUCUGGAGCUGUUUCAGGUUCGGUGGCAGCAUUUGUUACCACACCCUUUGAUGUCGGAAAGACGCGACAGCAAGUAUUUCGACACUUGGAUGAUGGGGCUCUCACUGGCCCCCCGCGACCGGCGCUAUCCCCGGGCAAACUAGCGCCCGAGCAGCUCUCCCUUCCCAAUUUCCUCAUGCACAUUUUCCGUGAAGAAGGUACCGCCGGUCUGUUCCGUGGCUGGACGGCGCGAUGCCUGAAAGUUGCCCCAGCCUGCGCCAUUAUGAUCUCGACCUAUGAGCUUGGAAAGCGCAUGGCUCGGGAGGUCAACGAACGUCGACUCUCUGACGCAUGA